AUGGUGCUUGCCCGGGGUGCUCGUCUGGUAGCGCUAGCAACCCUCGCUGGAGUCGCUUUGAACACAAACCUUCGUCGCAACGCCAUGUACGCACUAAAGGCGGUUCAGUUCCUGGUACACGGCUCGUGGUCGUAUACACGCGGUGGCUUCGAAAAGCACCAGCGAGCAUACUUCCGAGCGGAGGAUGUGGCGGUUGAUCUGCACGACAAGCACGUGCUGAUCACUGGAGCGAACUCCGGUAUCGGGUACUGUGCUGCGGAGGCGUUAGGUCUACGCGGAGCCACAGUGCACCUGCUCUGCCGGAACAGCGAGCGCGGUGAAGCCGCCAAGAUGCGGCUGGUGCAGAAGCUCUCGGAGCGCACUGGUGCCGCUACAGGGGUUUCGGUGUCGACGUCAGCGGCGGAACGCGUUCAUCUGCACGUCGUGGACGUGAGUGAGGCGCACAGCAUCAGACGGUUUGUUCAAGACUAUUUGGAACGCGGUUUCCCAGCGCCGAACGUGCUCGUGCACAAUGCAGGCGCGAUGACCAGUCCGUGGAAGGCGACCAGCGAGGGCGUCGAAGUGAACUUUGCGACGAACGUCAUGGGACCUGUGCUUCUCACAGACCUCUUGCUUCCGUCGAUGCUCCAAAGCGACGGCGGAGACCAUAGAGUUAUUUUCGUAACGAGCGCCGGUAUGUUGACCGAACGAUUGGAGACGAAAGAUCUGGAGUGGCGUGAUCGGGCGCGUUUCGAUGCCACUCGCCAGUACGCUAAGAACAAACGACAGCAGGUUGCGAUUGUGGAACAGUACGCCCGCACCGUAUCACCGGACAAAGUACUUUUUGUUGCCUGCCACCCAGGAUGGGCAGAAACGCCCCUUGUCCAGGAGGCUAUGCCAGGAUUCUAUGCUCGCCUCAGAGGUAGUCUUCGAACGGCGGAUCAGGGUGCAGACACCAUCGUCUGGCUCUCGUGCGUUCCGCGGAGUCGCAUAGAAGAUGGUAUGCUCUAUUUUGAUCGCAACAUUGUUCCCAAACACCUGCCGCUCUCGGAUACAUCGUAUCACGUUCGAGAUGCAGAGGAAUUGCUCCGCAAAGUUCGCCAGCGCAUUGACGAAAUUUCCGCAAAAGCGGAGUCAUCCGCUGCGAGAGUAGCUGGUGCAGAGACCUGA